AUGGCUACAUCAUCUCCAUCUACAACUAAUGUAACACCACAACAAAUUGGUAAAGCAUUUGUUGUUCAAUAUUAUCGUCUUCUUCAUGAACAUCCUGAAUCUUUACAUCGUUUUUUUUCUGCAUCAUCAACAUUUAUGCAUGAUGAUCUGACAAAAACUGUAACUGGUAUAGAAGCUAUUGCUAAACGUAUUGAAGAAUUAUCAUUAAAACAACGUCAUGUUAAAAUUCGUCAAGUUGAUUGUCAUUUCACUGUAGGUUCAUCAAUUGUUAUACAAGUUUGCGGAGAAAUAUCAUCAACACCUGUAACUGAUACUCAAACUCAACCGAUUAUGAAACGUUUUGUUCAAACAUUUGUAUUAACAUCAGCAGAUAAUUCAAAACAAAAAUAUUAUGUACACAAUGACAUACUUCGAUAUCAAGAUAGUCCAACAACAAUUUUAACAAAUGAUAAUAAUACAAGAAUGUCGCCAACAAUAACGAAUAAUAAUGAAGAAUAUUCGAAAUUUAGAAAAAAGUUUAACAAACGAUUUGAUCAAUUAUCACAUAAAAUCGAUGAUAUCUAUGAGCGUGGUGCAAUAUUAGCAAUAAUAAAUCGUCUUCGUGCUGAUCAUGAAUUAGAUAUACAACAUUUACCAAAAGUAACAAGAAUGCAUAAAGGAUGGUCACUUGAUACUGUAACAAUCGAUAAUAUUGUUCUUCGUUCAUAUAAAGAUGAUAUUCGAGAAGCACCAAAUGAAGGUGUUUAUGUGUAUGGUCUUUAUUUGGAAGGUGCUGGUUGGAAUCGAAAAAAUACUCGUCUACAUGAAUCACAAAAUAAAGUUGUUUAUGUUCAAAUGCCUGUUAUUCAUAUAUUUGCUAUAAAUCCAUCUGUAACUAAUCAAACAAAUGGAAUAAUUACAAAUAAAAAAUUACGAUUAAAUCAAAUAUCACUUCGAACAAAACGAAAUGAUCAAAUUUCAAUUGCACCAUAUAUUUAUAUGUGUCCACUCUAUAAAAAACCAAUACGUACUGAUCUUCAUUUUAUAACUAUGCUUAAAUUAGCAUCAAAUGAUAUACCUGAACAUUGGAUAUUACGUGGUGUUGCUUUACUUUGUGACAUCAAAUAA